AUGGAGGAUGAUUACAAACCAGUCAGACAGCCCCAGAGAAGGCUCAACCCAUCAAUGAAGUUAGAGGUGCGAAAAGAGGUACUCAAGCUUCUAGAGCCUGGGCUUAUCUACCCCAUUUCUGACAGUGCUUGGAUUUUGGAGAGGCUUGCAGGACAGGCUUAUUAUUGCUUCUUGGAUGGAUACUCUAGAUACAAUCAUAUUGCAGUGGACCCCAAGAUCAGGAGAAUACGGCCUUCUCAUGCCCUUUUGGCGUCUUUGCUUAUAGACGAAUGCCAUUUGGGUUAUGUAAUGCACCUGCCACAUUUCAAAGAACUUGGAGAUGUUGCUACAGAGAUGCGUGCAAACAAACCUAGUUCUGAACUAGGAGAAGUGCCACUUCAUGAGUUUGAUAUAGUCAUCAAGGACAAGAAGGGAUCCAAGAACGUGGUGGCUAACCACCUCCCCCGGUUGAAGAAUGAAGAAGUAACUAAAGAAGAACUAGAGGCAAGGGGAGAAUUUCCAGAUGAAUUCCUCUUACAAGUUACCACAAGACCUUGGUUUGUUGAUGUGGCCAACUAUAAAGCCACAGGAAUCAUCCCCGAAGAGCUCAACUGGAGUCAACGGAAGAAAUUUUCACAUGAUACCCGUUUCUAUGAGUGGGUGAUCCACAUCUGUUCAGGCUAG